GAGAGAGGAAGGGGGGGAGGAGAAGGAGGGAGGGUGAUAUUUUCCAUAAAGCCUUUUUUUCCUCUCUUUCUUUCUGCCCUUGAGCAUCCCGGGUAAACCCGAGCUUGUAAAGUGGGAAGAGGAGGAGGAGAGGGGGGGGAAGAAGGGCGGGCACAAGCCUUUCCUCAAAGUCAAUAUUUUAUACUUUUGAUACUCCUUGGCGCUGGAUUUCAGUCCUCUUUUCCCAACCGUUUCCAGAUCUAGGACACCGAUCUACCGUGCGCAGCAACGCACGGUGAGAGAAAAAAGUAUCCCGCAGAAGGAAAAACAAACAGCGAGUCGGGCAGCCAGGCGGAUAACGGAGUACAGUGAGCACCGCGACGGGAACGACUACACUGGAUGAUCGGAGGAUUUUUUUGCCCAAAGAAGGGGACGUGCACAUAGUGUAACGCCACACAAAGUGCCGGCCUGUCUCACGGAUGCAUGUUAGAAGACAAUCACAGGAGCUCUGCCGGUCUAAAGCGUCCAAUGGAUAUACCUGAAGACGCAGCGACGUCUCCUUCGUCCUCCCCGUCCACUUCCACCGUUUCCCUGCAGGACCCCGCUCUCUGAGACAUGGAUCCACGUAAACAUCUCCAACCCAACUUCCUGCAACACUAUGGUUAAAGCGUAUGCCAAGAUUAAUGUGUGUAACAUUAUCCGCCUCUACACCCACCGCCCAUCCUCCUCAGGAAGCCAGUCGUCAAAACAAGAAAGCCUCCCUCUCACGGAUCUCUGGGGCCACUCAAUAUAUGUGAAAAGACACUGAACGAGUUACUGAUCCGGUGUUUUCCUGUCAUUUAGGGAAUUUAACAGGCCGGAGGGCACUUGUGUCAAUAUCCGUUCACACUGAAGCAGUAUGAUGCUAUAGGGAUGUCCACUCUUUCCCUAUGAUCACCGCUCCAUGCGCUUCACCUCUCCUCUGAGCUCCGUAGCCCCCUCACCCUGCGCCGGACCCCACUCCAAACACCCCCCCAGCCUGCCAUGCUCCUCCAGGUCGUGUUGUUGCUGCUGCUGCACUGCUUGGCCUCCACUGUGGGCCAGUACGAACUGUGCAAGUCCCUGGUGAGCACGGAUGAGGGCUCAGUGUGGGAGCAUUACGCGUGCCAGCCGAAACCCGCGUCUAUGAAAGACUACAUGCGGCUCAAGGUCGAUCCGCCCGGAAUCACGUGCGGAAACCCCCCGGAGAGGUUCUGCACCCUGGAGAAUCCCUACCUUUGUAGUGAUGAGUGUGAUGCUUCUAACCCAGACUUGGCGCAUCCUCCUCAACUGAUGCAGGAUCGUGAACGCAACGGCCUAAUCACCUACUGGCAGACAGUCACAUGGAGACGCCAUCCAGAGCCUCUACUGGCCAACAUCACCAUGUCCUGGAACAAGAGUCUGGAGCUCACAGAUGACAUCCAGAUUACCUUUGAGUACGGCCGUCCUACUAUCAUGGUCCUGGAUAAGUCCAUGGACCACGGACGCUCCUGGCAGCCCUACCAGUUCUACGCUGACGACUGUCUGGACGCCUUCAACAUGCCACCCAAACGUGUGCGUGACCUCUCGCCCACUAAUAUCACACGGGUCAUCUGCACUGAGCAGUACUCGCGUUGGGUCGGCUCCAAGAACGACAAAAACGUCAAAUUCGAGGUGCGGUCGCGCUUCGCUGUGUUUGCGGGGCCUCGGCUACAGCACAUGGACAACCUGUACACUCGCAUGGAAAGUAUGAAGGGACUGAGGGACUUCUUCACCUUCACAAACCUUAGGAUGAGGCUUCUCAGGCCUGCCCUCGGAGGCACCUAUGUCCAGAGAGACAACCUGCUGAAGUACUUCUACGCCAUCUCCAACAUCGAGGUACCUGCCAGGUGUAAAUGUAACCUCCAUGCCUCCCAGUGCCUGCUGCAGGAUGGGAACCUCCAGUGCCAGUGUGAACAUAACACCACAGGCCAGGAUUGUCAACGCUGCAAAAAGGGCUUCAAAGCCAAAUCGUGGAAGGCUGGUUCCUACCUGCCAACACCUAAUGGAACCCCCAACACUUGUGCAAUUGCUGGCUCCCCCUCCGGUUCCACCUCAUCAACUCUACCUAAGACCUUUAACGAACCUGAGGUUGAGGAUGAAACAGAGAGCGAAAGCAAAAGCCGAGAUAAAGUUGAAACAGAGGGUGAACCUGAAGGUCAGGGUGCUGGAGCCACUUCAGAAGCUGAGCGAUCCCCUGGUGUUACCCACAAGGCCUUUGGAAUCCCCGAUGAAGAGCCCAGAGGCUUUGUUUCUGGGGUUGGACACUCGCACUUAAACCACCAUCACACUGAUCUGAGUGAAGACACCAGAGCUCCACCAGCAGAAACCACAGUUAGACAGAACCAACACAUUGUGUUACCCAGCAUCGCCACCAGCCAUGUAUCUGAGCCUUCACCCACGGGAGAGUCUGACACACUUCCUGCUCCAGAAGAGGGUCUUCCUCCUUCACAUGGAGCUUCCAUGACACCACAGGAGCUCACACCUCACACACAUCUGUCUCACCCAGUCCCACAGGGGUCCAGGCAUCAUGUGGUCACUGAUCAUCAUCACCAUCAUCAGUCUGAAGUGCACCAACCAAUCACAGAGUCUGUUGGCCAUCCCCUCACCCAUGGUCAUCAUCAUGCAAGCCAGGAUGAAAACCUAAAGCAUAGUGAGGGCAGAGUUUCCCACAAACCAGAGGAACACGGACAUAUGAGUCACGGCCAUAAAACUACAGCCUCAUCUGAACAUGGAGGAGAAAGCAAAAGGAAAGUCUCACACACAUUUGGACCACAUGGACAUGAAACUCAUGGUCACACAACGUCAUCUGAGCAUCGAGCGGAGACUGAAGGGCAUAGAGAAGCAAAAGUCCCCCACAAGUCUGAGGAGCAUAUUCAUGAGACUCACGGCCACAAAACCACAAUUUCAUCUGUACACGGGCAUGAAUCGGAGCACAGAGUUCCCCAUGAAUCUGAGCACCACGGGCAUAACACUCAUGGCCACAAAACAACAGCCACAUCGGAAUAUGCAAAGGAAAAGGAAGAGGAACACAAAGCAAGACAAACUGAAAAGACAGCGCAGCACAACCACGAGGAACAUACGAGUCAUGGCCACAAAACGCCAUCCUCACAUGGGCACGGGGAGAGUAGGGAGGCAGAGGAGCAUAACCAAAGCCACGCUGAAACAAAAGCAUCCCACAAGUCAGACGAACACGGACAUAACAGUCAUGGCCACAAAAUGACAACUGCUUUUGUGCAUGGGGAGGAUGCACACAGACAUGGGAAAACUGAAGAGACAGUCUCCCACAACUCCGAGCAUCAUGGACAUGACAGUCACGGACACACAACAGCCACAUCUGCACAUGGAGAGGAUCAACACAGAGACACAAACACUGAAGAGAAAGUCUUCCACAAGUCUGAGCACCAUGGACAUGACAGUCAUGGACACACAACAGCCACAUCUGCACAUGGAGAGAAUGAACACAGUCACACAAAAACUGAAGAGAAAGUUUCCCACAAGUCUGACAAUCACGGACAUCACACUCCUGGUCACAACACAGCCACACAUGGGCAGGAUGAACACGGACAUACAAAAGCUGAAGUUUCCCAUGGGUCUGUGCAUCAUGGACACACAACGUUACACGGGGAGGAUCAGCACAGACAGAAAGUGUCAGUUUCCCACAAGUCUGAGGAUCAUGGACAUCACACUCCUGGUCACAAUACAGCCACAUCUGUACAUGGAGAGAAUGAGCACAGGCACACAGCAGCUGAAGGUGAAGUCUCCCAUGGGUCUGUGCAUCAUGGACAUCAUGGUCAUGGACACACAACAGCCACACCUGCACAUGGGGAAGUCUCCCACACGUCUGAGCACCAUGGACAUGACAGUCACGGACACACAACAGCCACAUCUACACAUGGAGAGGAUCAGCACAGACACACAGCAGCUGAAGUCUCGCAUAAGUCUGAGCAUCAUGGACACGACAGUCACGGACACACAAUAGCCACAUCUGCACAUGGGGAGGAUCAGCACAGACACACAAACACUGAAGAGAAAGUCUCCCAUACGUCUGAGGAUCAUGGACAUCACCCUCAUGGUCACAGUACACCCACAUCUGUACAUGGGAUCGAUGACAGUAGACACACAACAGCUCAUCAUAAAGUUUCCCAUGGAUCUGUGCAUCAUGGACACAUAACAGCCCCAACUGGGCAUGGGGAGGAUGUGCACAGACACACAACAGCUGAAGUUUCCCAUGGGUCUGCCCAUCACGGACAUCAAAGUCAUGGACACACAACUUUACAUGGGGAGGAUCAGCAUGGACACACAAAAACUGAAGAGAAAGUCUCCCACCAGUCUGAGCACCAUGGACAUGACAGUCAUGGACACACAACAGCCACAUCUGCACAUGGAGAGGAUCAGCACAGACACACAAAAACUGAAGAGAAAGUUUCCCACUCAUCUGUGGAUCAUGGACAUCACAGUCACGGACACAAAACAACAGCCACAAAUGUACAUGCAGUGGAUGGGCAUGGACACGGAAAAUCUGAACACACAGUUUCCCAUGGGUCUCUGGAUCAUGGACAUAACAGUCACGGCCAUAUGACACCCACAUCUGCACAUGGGGAGAAUGUGCACGGACACACAAAACCUGAAGAGACAGGUUUUCACAAACAUGACGUACAUGGUCAUCACACCCCAGCUUCUUCUGCACACGGGGAGGAAAACAAAGAGGAUGAGCAUAGAAACAGAAACCAUGACGGACACGUUCUCCACAAGCCUGAGGAACAUACGCAUGAGACUCACGGCCAUAAAACCACUAUUUCAUCUGUGCACGGGCAUGAAAGGGAGGACGAACAUAAAGCCCUCCACAAACCUGACAUUCAUGGACAUGAGACUCACGGCCACAGAACUACAAGUUCAUCUGGGCACGGGCACGAGUCAGAGCACAGAGUCCCCCACAUGUCUGAGCACCAUGGGCAUACCAGUCAUGGCCACAAAACAGCAACAUCUGGGCACGGACAUGAAAGUGAAGAGCAUGGCCACAAAGAAAAGACAGUCCACCACACAUCUGAUGUUCAUAUGCAUGAGACUCAUGGCCACAAAACAACAACGUCUUCAGAGCAUGGACAGCACGCUCACAGACCUGCAAUAUCACAUGGACAUGGUCAAGGACAUGGACAUGACCAAGGACAUGGACAAGGACAUGGUCAAGGACAUGGACAUGACCAAGGACAUGGAAAAGGACAUGACCAAGGACAUGGACACGGACAUGAUCAAGGACAUGGACACGGACAUGAUCAAGGACAUGGACACGGACAUGAUCAAGGACAUGGACAAGGACAUGAUCAAGGACAUGGAAAAGGACAUGGACAAGGACAUGACCAAGGACAUGGACAAGGACAUGAUCAAGGACAUGGACAUGACCAAGGACAUGGAAAGGGACAUGACCAAGGACAUGGACAUGACCAAGGACACGGACAGGACCAAGGACACGGACAUGGACAUGACCAAGGACAUGGAAAGGGACAUGACCAAGGACACGGACAUGACCUAGGACACGGACAUGGACAUGACCAAGGACAUGGACAUGACCAAGGACAUGGACAUGACCAAGGACAUAGACAAGGACAUGGACAAGGACAUGACCAAGGACAUGGACAUGACCAAGGACAUGGACAUGACCAAGGACAUGGAAAAGGACAUGACCAAGGACAUGGACAUGGACAUGACCAAGGACAUGGACAUGGACAUGACCAAGGACAUGGAAAAGGACAUGGACAUGGACAUGACCAAGGACAUGGACAUGACCAAGGACAUGAUCGAGGACAUGGUCAUGGUCAUGGACAUGAAACUGGUGGCCACCACACAGUCUCCUCUGGCCAUGGAAGAACUGAACAUACAGUCCCACACAAGUCACACGGGGAACAUGGUCAUCAGACACAUGGCCACAAAACAACUACCUCAUCUGCACAUGGAGUGGUGGAGCAUGGAGGAGGACAUGUCUCCCACAAGUCUGAGCACCAUGGACAUGACAGUCAUGGCCACAGAGCACCAACCUCAUCUGGGCAUGGGGGCCAUUAUGGAGCGCAUCCCACCCAUGAAGAACAUCCCCAUGGGAGUCACGGUCACAGACCAACAGCCCCUCGUGGGCACUGGGAGGCAGAGGAGCAUAAUUAUAGCCACUCUGGAAGGAAAGUCUAUCACAUGUCUGAACACCACGGACAUCAGUUUCACGGCCACCAUACAACAACCUCAUUUGGGCAUGGAGACAGAAGAGAGGAGGAGGAGGAGAGAGAAAGAAAACAUGACAAAAAAGGGCUUCUGAAACUUUUGAUCUCCGGAGAGCCUCAGGACAGACAGUUGUUUGGGAUCAUAUACGAUGAUUUCAGAGACUGUGAGUGCUACGGCCACUCCAACCGCUGCAGCUACAUCGACUACCUGAACAUCGUCACGUGCGUCAGCUGCAAACACAACACCAGGGGCCAGAACUGCCAACACUGCAGACUGGGAUACUUCCGCAACGCCUCUGCCGAACUGGAUGAUGAAAGCGUCUGUGUCGAGUGCAACUGCAACCAGAUGGGCUCUGUCCAUGACCGGUGUAACGGCACAGGCUUCUGCCAGUGCAAAGAAGGUGCCACGGGGGCAAAGUGUGACGACUGUCUGCCAGGAUUCUACUGGAAACAAGGCUGUUACCCUAACGUUUGUGAUGAGGAGAUGCUUCUGUGCCAGAACGGAGGAACGUGCUACCAGAACCAGAAGUGCAUCUGUCCUCCAGAUUUUAAAGGGGUACUGUGCCAACACUCCCGCUGUGAAGCGGGCAAGGACUGCAACGCCGCCUCCUCGCCGCACCUCUCCACAGCCACCCUGCUGCUCUGCACUCUGCUAGCCCACCUGCUGGCCACGUUAACUCCCCACUGAGCCACGAACCCCCUCCCCCCCUUAAACCGAGCAGUGUGUCUGUGUGUGUAUGUGUGUGUGUGUGUACGUGAGGCUAAAGGGGUGACCCCAUGGCGGCGUGGGCCGUCCCGGUCAUGGACCCGAUGAACGCACUGCAGCACUCGCAUAAAAAAGCACACACAGCCACACGACAAUAACCAGCCCCAGGCCCUUUCCAAACACACACAUACACACACCUCACAGGACUGUUACGACACCGAGUGUGUGCUCAGGUGUGAGAAGAACCAACAAAGUGAAAAAAGGGGAGCGACCUCAGAGAAAAAGAUGCAGACCAUGGGGGGAAAGAACAUCAUACCAACCACUGUUCCCUUUAUUUCUGAGCUGGAGCAAUGUGCAUCAAACCAAAAAGCAUAAACUGAACACUUUCACCACUGUUUCACUUCAAAGGGAAUGGCUGUUGUAACCACAAGGACCUUUUUGUUUUUCUUUUCAUCUUGAGUUUAAGGAUCUCACCUCCGUUAGACUGCUCUUUCUGACGGCCAGCGUGUGCGGUCAGACUCGGUGACAGAAUGACACGUGUUGACACGAUUGGUGGACCGGAGGCGAGAUGCCCGUUUAAUCCUGCUGCUGAGGCCUACAUAGUAUAUUACCCAGGUUUCAUUUCUUCUCAAAAGAUGAGACUUGAUUUACAUUUAUUCUCUUUCUGCUGCAUUUUUUUAAAUUAUAUCUUAAGUCAAUGUAUCUAAUGUGCCCACUAACAGUCGCUGAGAUUAUACAUUAUAUAAUAUCCGGGGGGGUUACAAAUUAUAAAAAAAAAUUUAGUCACUAUUAUGGUUGUUCUAGGAAUGAGUGAUUGUUGCCACACUUAGCGAGAUUUAAUCUUCACACAGUAUUCAGGAAGCAGAUUUAACUUAUCAGAAUUCUAAAAGAGAGAGAAAAGAUAUCAACCACGUAUCAAUAUUAUAUGACAUUAUUUGAAUAUUUUUUGUAGAAAUUAUUUUUGUUUGGAGUUAAAAAUAAAUUAUAAAAAAUGACAUUUACAACUAUUUCAAAUGAGCAUUUUAUUACACUGAGUGUAAACCUUGCAGUAAAUAUGACUGUUAUUUGC